GUAAACAGAGUUGUUGACUCUUCUCACUUCCUUGUUAGGAAGUGUUGCUGUGUGCGGAUAGAACGUCCACACGUCGUUGCCGAUGACGUCGAGCUCAGCCGUCCUCCCGGCUCCCGGAGGCGCGGUCUGAGGUCUAUCGAUUCAAGCCUCACUACUCGUGACAUGCAGGCCGGCCUGCUGCUUCUUCUAGGCCUAUUCGCCGGCACUUUGGCCGCUCCUAAGCCCUCACUUGACGAUGAAUCUCGAAUGUUCAUUCUGCCUGAAGAUGAAAUGCAAAGUCCCGAAAUCGACGAGCAGCCACAAGACGAUGAAGCCGAGGAACAGAACGAGGCGUUCAUUCUGCCGGUGUCCAAGCCUCUGGGAGAGGUUUCUGGUCUAGCGAUCGAUCCCAAAGGACGUCUUGUAGCGUUCCACCGUGCCGAUCGUGAAUGGAACGAAAAGUAA